CAAUGUCCUCUGCUUGGCAACAGCCUCCUCACGAUCCGAGCCACCCACCAGACUUUGGCCAUGCACCUUACCAAUACAAGGUGCCACCCAAGGUGCCGAUUGUUGAGAGGCCUAUUGAUGACUACAGGAAAAUCAAGGUCAUCGUUAUUGGAGCUGGCUUUUCCGGCCUGUGCGCUGCGAUCCGGCUCCCUCAAAGGAUUCCUAACGUCGAGUUCGUUGUGUACGAGAAGAACCCGGCUGUUGGCGGGACGUGGUACGAAAGCCACUAUCCAGGACUUGCUUGCGACAUCCCUUCGCAUACAUACCAGUUGACCUUCGAGCCAAAGACGGAUUGGAGCGCGUUCUAUUCUCCUGGUCCCGAAAUCCGCAGUUAUCUCGAGGGUGUGACGGAGAAGUAUAAACUGGCUCCCCACAUAAAACUCGACCACAAGAUUACUCGUGCCGAGUGGAAUAAGGACGAUGGAAAGUGGAUGAUCAGCGGGGAGAUUGCCGACACCAAUGAGCCGUGGUCCGAUACUGCCGACGCGGUCAUCUCUGGCAUGGGCUUCCUCAAUAAGUGGAAGUAUCCCAACAUUCCAGGAUUGAAAGACUUCAAGGGGAAAAUGUGUCACACCGGCCACUGGACACUUGAGUCUGCUGGCGAGGCUUGGAAGGACCGCCGCGUGGCCGUAGUAGGUGUUGGCUCCAGUGCGAUCCAGGUCGUUCCGGCCCUCCAGCCCUGGUCGAAGCAAGUCGACAACUAUGUCCGCGGCAAGACCUGGAUUGCUGCUCCAAUCGCUGCUCCAAUCCUUGAUUCCCUCACCGGCUCAGCCAAGGGCAACCACUUCUUCACUGACGAAGAGAAGGCUAAAUUCGCCUCCGACCCAGAAGCAUACAAUGACUUCCGCUUGAAACUCGAAGACGAACUCAACGCCGUGCACGGCGCGACAAUCAGGAAUAGCGAGAUGCAGAACGGGGCCCGUCAGGCCUUCAAAGAACUUAUGGUCAGGAAGCUCUCGAAGAAGCCCGAGAUUGCAGAGCACCUUAUCCCGGGUUUCCCUGUUGCGUGCCGUCGGCUGACCCCAGGUCCCGGGUACCUUGAAUCGCUAGUGGAAGACAAUGUCGGCUUCGUCACUUCAGACAUCAAGCGUAUCACUGAGACGGGCAUCGAAACAGUUGACGGACAGCACCGCGAGUACGACGUCAUUGUCAUGGCCACCGGUUACGACACAACGCACGUUCCGGCUUUCCCCAUUAUCGCCAAUGGUGAGAACGUUCAGGACGCUUGGCGUGAGAUGCCCAUCACCUACAUGUCCGUCUGCUCUGGCAAUGUUCCCAACUGGUUCAACUCUCUUGGCCCCAACUCCGCCGUCGGUUCCGGUUCGCUCCUCGUGCUGGCAGAAAAGGAGCUGGAGUACGCUUUUAAGGCCAUCAGCAAGAUCCAGCGCGAAGGGAUCAAAUCCAUGACCCCGAAAGCCUCUGCAGUCGACGCUUGGAAUAACUACAUGGAUGCGUAUUUCCCUCGCACCGUGUACUCGGAGAAGUGUCGGUCUUGGUAUAAGGGUGGCAAGGAAGAGGGCCGUGUCACCGGUCUGUGGCCAGGCUCCUGCCUGCACGCGGUCUUCGCCCUCGAGAACCCGCGUUGGGAGGACUUUGACUACGAGUUCCUGCCUGACCACAAGGGUAUACUCAGUUGGCUCGGUAAUGGGUGGACUACGAUGGAGUAUGAGGAGAAGGUUGGCCACCGCGCCUUCUAUCUUGAACAUAUCGACUACCCCCCCGUACCGCAGUAG